AUGGGACUUUUCCAAGAGUUCAGCGAGUCCACCAGCAUGCAUGGCCUUCAGCGUGCCGUGUCCAGUGAGAGCAAAUGGAAGCGUCCCUUGUGGGCAGCGCUAGUCCUGGCAGGGGCUUGUCUAGCUACAUUCAACCUUAGCCAGACGCUAAAGGACUUUCUCCACAACCCAACGACCACGCAGACCAGCGUACAUUACAACCCCGACAUGGAGUUUCCGGUGAUCACCAUAUGUAACCUCAACCCUUUUCGGUCGUCUUUGAUAAACGCCGUGACGGAUAGCGAUUUCAUUGAGAAUCUAUGGCGCAAUCCUGGCAACUUCACUUAUGAAGACGUGGUUGACCUGACCUGGCAAUACUACAAGAUGAAAAAUGUGUCAGUUACUCAUCAACUAGAGGCUACAGUUAUGACCUGUAAAUUUGGUACGGGACCCCGGGGUUAUGGAAAAUUUCUGCCAUCCUUCAACCUCAAAUACACCACAAAACCAGGUCCAUCCAACGGACUCAUCUUGGAACUAAAUGUGCAGCAGUCAGAAUACCUAUCCGCUACAGAGAGUGCGGGCUUCAAAAUCGCCGUUCGCCCACGAGACACCCUAGCCUUUCCCGAGGACCAGGGCCUCAUAGUGAUGCCAGGAACCAACACCAACAUCGGCCUCAAGAAGGUGGAGAUGAGCCGAACCCCGCCCCCGUACAGCGCAUGUGUGGAGCUUACAGAUGAACCGAAUGUUGAGUUGAACAUGUUCUCAUUUACUGAAGGGACCCGUUACACGGCAGAGGCUUGCCGCAAAACGUGCUACAUGCGAGAGCUGGUCCGUCAAUGUGGUUGCUGUGAUCUACAUUUCAUAUGUCCUCCAGAAAUCUACAACAACAUCUCGUUCUGUAAUGCCACAAACACUGACGAAUUCGUCUGCAAAAAGCAAGUCCUCAAGAUGUUUGAAAAAGGAGAGCUGGACUGCCUGAGCCGUUGUUUGCCUCCUUGCGAAGAGGUAGUCUAUGAUGUGGCUCUCUCUACGGCUAUCUGGCCUAGCAAUAACGCAAUCCCUUAUAAGAUGACAGCCCUGGGUUUUGAUCAAGCUAAUUUAAAUACUGCGAUGUCGGAAAUGAAAAGGAACUUUCUCCGCGUUGCCAUCUUCUACGAGGAUCUGGCAGUGCGGCGUGUGGAAUCUCGGCCGUCCUACGACUGGAACCGACUCCUCUCGGACAUUGGCGGUCAGCUGGGGCUCUGGCUGGGCUUCUCUAUCCUGACGGCCAUGGAGUGGCUGGAACUGGCCUAUGACGCCGGGAUCAGGGCGACCACCCGGAUGUCCCUGGGCGCUCAAACUACCAGGGCGCACGGUCAAGAACAGGGACCAUAA